AUGGAGAGCUAUCAGGAACUUGUGAACCAUUCAAAAGUGAUUUUGAAUGCUGGAAACUACGGCUUCUGGAAGGCAAGGAUGAGAUCGCUCAUUAGAGGAAUUGAUCCUUUGGCAUGGAAGUCUGUCUUGGUUAAGUGGGAAGAGCCAAAACAGAAGAAUGACUCUGGAGCUGAUGAGCCUAAACCUGAAGAGGAUUGGACGGAAGACGAAAGGAAGAAGUUCAAGUACAACUCAAAAGCACUGACAGCUAUUCACUGUAGCAUAUCAGCUGAGACGUUCAAUCUGAUUCAGGGAUGUGAGACAGCCAAGGAAGCUUGGGACAUACUACAGAUACAGUUUGAAGGAACCGCCAAAGAGGCUGCCACUCUGGGGAAGCAUUACAAAGACAAGAAACUUGUGAAGAAGUUUCUAAGGUGUCUUCCUUCCAAGUUCAUGGGGUACAAGUCAGUCCUGAGUGUGAAUCAGGACACUGAAUCUCUAAGCUUCGCAGAGAUUGUUGGGAUGCUUCAGUCUCACGAGAUGGAACUGAACGGUGAAAAGAAGCAGAAAGGGUUGGCACUGUCAUCGGUCCUUGAGACAAAGUCAUCAGAGGAAGAAAAGUGUGAGGAUGCACUAGGAUUGCUGGUGAAGAGGUUUGACAAGGCACUACGACGAGUUGAGAAGACAUAUGAUCAGAAGAAGGCUGUACCAGCAAGACGGACAAAAGAAAGCAGUGAAAGAAGGGGUGAUGUUCAGUGUUACGAAUGCAAAGGUGUUGGGCAUUUCAAGACUAAGUGUCCUACUCUUAAGAGGAGGGAAAUUCAGUGCUUUGGAUGCAAGGGUUUUGGUCACACACAACUGGAAUGUGUUAAUGAUCAAAAUCGAAGAAAGGAGAAAUCCAUGCUGGCCGAGGAGGAUACCGGAGAUGACAGUAGUGAAGGCACUGUGGAGGAAGUUAACAACUUCGUCUCAUUCAUAGGUAUUGCUGAAUUUGAUGAGAAUAUGGCUGUGACAGAUGCUGAGUCGGAAGUUGGGGCUGAUGAUGAGCUAAGUGAAAGCUACAAAGAGGUUCGUGAGACUCUGAUCAAGAUUGGAAAAGAGAAUGCUGACUUGAAGAAGGAGAAUCUUCAACUUAAAGAGAAAGUGGAAGAGUUGCAGAGAGAACUGGAAGCAGCUCAGAAACUGAGUCAAGAGAGUGUUGCAUUGAUCAAAGACAAACUGAACCUGGCAAAGAAGGCUGAACAACUGGAGCACGAUCUGAGUCAGGAGAAAGGUAUCUCAAACAACCUGAUGGGAGAGCUUGUUGAGCAGCGUAAAAAAAUUCAUAUGUUUGCUGGAACGAAGCAACUCGAUCAGAUCUUAAGCUAUGGAAGGAGGUCUGACACUCGUAAAGGACUGGGUUACAAUGCUCGAACCAUGGUUGAAACAGGUACUACAAAGUUUGUGUCAGGAGGUACUACUCGAUCACAAGAAAUGGGCAACAGGGCACAAAAUACCACAGUUAAGAGCAACAUCGCUGCGUCAACCUCAAGAAACGAAGGUCUGCCAAUGAGACUGAGUGGAUGCUUCUACUGUGGAAAACCAGGGCAUAUUAGAAAUCACUGCUACAGGUUCUGGAAGCAAGUGAGGAAGCUGAAGGAACUCGGGAGAUUUACCUGGAAUGGUUUCAGAAACCAGAUUUGGGUCAGGAAAGGUGAUCUGAGACAGGCAACUCCAAGACAACCUCAGAGGGGAGUACCUACGCAGAACACGAACCCAGGAGUAACAGAGGAUGAUGAUCAAUCUGCCACAUGGUAUUUCGACAGUGGUUGCUCACGACACAUGACUGGUACCAAAGGGUUUCUUCAGAGUCUGAAAAAGAUCAGAGGAGGCAAAGUCAUGUUUGGUGAUGGAAGCAUUGGUGCAAUCCAAGGAAAGGGCAGGACAAGAGAAAUCGGUCAACCUCAAUUAGCAAAUGUGUAUCUAGUUCAUGGACUGCAAGCAAAUCUGAUCAGCAUAAGCCAACUGUGUGAUGAGGGACUGACGGUUGUAUUCACCAAAACGGACUGCAGAGCUGUGGAUGGGGUCGGAAAAAUCAUUCUGCAAGGAAUUAGAUCUGGAAACAACUGUUACAUGUGGAAUUCCUCUUGUAAAGAAGAGAAGUGCUUCACAGCACGCGAUGACCUACAUCUAUGGCAUCAACGAUUGGGCCACAUGAACGUUAGGAGUCUUGCCAAUCUGGUUGACAAGGAAAUCGUCAGAGGGGUGCCUAAAGUCAAGGGAGUCGAUAAAUCGGUCUGUGGACCGUGCACUCAAGGCAAGCAAGUUAAAGUUCAACACAAGAGGGUCCCUGAUGGAUCUGGUUCACAUGGAUCUAAUGGGACCAGUUCAAACUGA